AUGAACCGCGGACUGCCCAUCGCCUUGAUCGAAAGCAUCCACUCCAGCAUCCGUCCGCCGCCUUCCGAAAGUUCGUCCUUCGAGAACCCGUUCGCAAGCGGCAGACGAAACAGUCUGGCAGCCUCACCCAGGGCAGCUUACACUGCAGUCGGAGACGAGCACCUUCAACCGACGGCAGGGCCGAGUCGGAUGGGGCCGAGUCGGACGGGGCAGAGCUUGGCGGUUACUGCUCAAGCUGAAGAAGAAGAAGAGUACUCCAGAUUGCGGCACGGUUCGCGACUCCGAAACAAUUCCCACCGACACUGGCACGACGGCGCUCCCAGUCCAGACUGCGGAGUGCAACCGCAAGUGGCUGGUCACCGCCAGUGCGGACAGUCUGUCGAGGCAGACUAUCGGUAUCCACAACGUUCGGCCAGGUUUCGCCCGAAGCGGUUCAGAGAUGAGACAAAGCCGAACCGAGGUCAGGAACGUCGCAGACAGCCUCAAGGCGCCACGGAGCGUCGCUUCUUUGUAGAGCGGCGAUAUCCCAAUUGGGCACCUAGUGGUGUACUUGGUGGGGCAUGGUCACCGAAAGCAGCAAAAUGGGUCUCUCCGCAAUCAGAAGAGGAGGACAGUGAAUAUGACCACACAGUGGGCUUACACCGUCGAGGAGAGCGACGCCUGUGCGCAUGUUUGUCCCACUCCGAUCUUUCCGACGGAGACGACGAUUCCGCAGAAGACGACGACGACGACGACUAUUCUGAAAAUCAAGGCGUCGUCUCUGGUAAAAAAAAACGACCUUCCAACUGUCAUGACCUACAACCAAAGCUCGCCCGGCGCAACCGUUUCGAACUCCACAGGGAAUCCACCCGAGACUCGUCGACCCGUACAACAGGCGCCUACCUAGUGCUACUAACCACCGCCGAAUGUGGAACUAAAAAAUGUGACAAAACAGUUAAACUACUCUCUGACUUCGGCCUCGCAUUCAUCGAACUACCCCUAAAAGCAUGUGAUUCAGCAUUCAUCACAAAGGCAUUGACAGGCUCCAAGUCGCUCCCUCAACUAUUUUCAGAUGGACAGUUGGUUGGUGGUUACUCUGAGAUCAAAUCUUGGGUAAAGUUCUUGACAAGUAGUGUAUGA